AUGGCCAAAAUUCAGAGAAGAGGCCAGAAGGGCGCGGCCAAAAACUACAUCACUCGUACCCAGGCUGUGCGCAAACUGCAGAUUUCACUGCCUGACUUCCGUCGCUUGUGUAUCUUCAAGGGAAUUUACCCCCGCGAGCCGCGCAAUAAGAAGAAGGCCGCAAAGGGCUCACAAGGCGCGAACCAAGCCACCACUUUCUACUACACGCGCGACAUCCAAUACCUGCUCCAUGAGCCCCUCCUCAACAAGUUCCGCGACCACAAGGCUCUGGCCAAGAAGAUCGGUCGUGCCCUCGGCAGAAAUGAGGUCUCCGACGCAAACCGCAUGGAGAAGAACCUCACUCCUAAGAUGACCCUCGACCACAUCAUCAAGGAGCGCUACCCUACCUUCGUUGACGCCCUCCGUGAUCUCGAUGACUGUCUCAGUAUGCUCUUCCUCUUCGCCAACCUCCCCUCGACCGAAACCGUGCCGCCCAAGACCAUCCAGCUCUGCCAACGUCUCACCCACGAGUUCGAGCACUACUUGAUCCGUAGCAACAGCCUGCGCAAGAGUUUCCUGUCCAUCAAGGGUAUCUACUACCAGGCCACCAUUCAGGGCCAGGACAUUUUGUGGCUCGUUCCCUACAAGUUCGUCCAGCGCGUUACUGGCGACGUCGACUUCCGUAUCAUGGGCACCUUUGUCCAAUUCUACACUACUCUUCUCGGAUUCGUCAACUACAGGCUCUACACCAGCCUUGGUCUGGUCUACCCUCCCAAGUUCGACGCCAAGGCCGAUGAGCACGGUGCUGAGUUGGCCGCCUUCGCCAUUGAGGGUCGCAACGUUGCUGGUGCUCUGGACAACAAGGUCGAGCAGCCCGCUGCUACCCCCAAGCAGGUUUCCGCCACUGCUCAAGCCGAGGCUGACAAGCUCUUGGAACUGCCUUCUGGAGAGGAGCCUACAAGCUCGUACAUGACAGCCCAGGAGAACCCCUCCUCAAACCCCCAGGACCAAGAAGAGGAGGACAGACAAGAUGGAGAACUCGACUCGUUCCCUGCCCCUCUCGACCCCGAGUCGGAUGUUUUGCACCAACCUACCGUUUCCGCAUCAACAGCAGCCAACCUUUUCGAGCCCUUCACCAUCUACCUUUCUCGCGAGACCCCCCGUCACCCUCUGGAAUUCAUUCUCCGUGCCUUUGGUUGCAAGCGUGUAGCAUGGGACACUGUUUUGGGUGAGGGUGCUUACACUUCCGACGAAGCUGACCGCCGCAUCACUCACCAAAUCGUUGACCGCCCUAACCUGCCUCUUCCCGCUAUGCCUGUCGAGGACGAGGAGACCGCUGCCGCCAACGCAUCAAAGCGCUUGAGACCUGGCGAGCGUGUCCCUGGACGUAUCUACAUCCAGCCCCAGUGGGUCUGGGAUUGCAUUAACGCAGGCAAGCUGUUGAGAUCCGACCUUUACGCCCCCGGAGCCACGCUUCCUCCCCAUCUUUCCCCUUGGGUCAAGCCCAAGCAAGGCGAGUACGAUCCUACGAAGUCAUUGGCCGAGCAGGAGCACGAAGGCGAGGCAUUGGCUGCCGAGGCCGAGUCAGACGAGGAGAUGGCCGACGAGGAUGCCGGCUCAGAUGGCGAGGAGGUUGAGGGUGUUCGUGGAGAUGACGAGGCUCGCAACCUGGAAUCUAAACUGUUGCAACAAGGCGGCAAGGAAGUCGUCAGCGGCGAAGGUAUGGACGUUGAGCUUGCAGGAUCAGACGAUGACGAGGAUGAGGAGGAAGAGGCCACAAAGGACGAAGAGUUCGGUGGUUUCACCGAGGACGAAGAGGAGGAUGAGUCCGAGGAUGAGGCCACUCGCCACCAGCGCGAGCUUGCCGCCGAGGCUGAGGGUCGUUCGCUCACAGCUGAUGCUGGUGCCACGCCCGCCAAGGCUUUGCGCAAGAAGGAGGCCGAGAAGGCACAAAAGGCCAUCUCGCGCCAACGCAAGGAGGCACAGGAAGAGACCGACCGCCAAAAGAUGAUGAUGAGUCGUCGCAAGCGCAAGAUCUUCGAGAAGAUGCAAUACUCGAAUGCAAAGAAGGACGCAGAGGCCGAGAAGCUGAGAGGAAAGAGAAGAAAGAUCGAAAAGGUACAGGCCAAGAACUAGUUUUGUGCAUGAGCAAGGUGUUUUGGUGUGGACUAUAUCGGUUGUCUUUCUUCUUUGGCGAAGGUUCUUCAUUGUGAUCAGAUAUCCGGCGUUUGUAUAGGCAAAAGUGGAACAAAAAUGACAUCUAUUCAUCAAACC